AUGAACCCAGAAGAGAACGAAGAUGCUUUCUCCAGCUUUUUGCUGGAGGACAUAAAGCAGAGGCUGCUCCAGGCUUUCCAUGGGCAGGCAACGGGGGUAGCAGCUACUCCCCUGCUCCCUAGACCUGUUGAAGAUGUGGACCGUGGCAGAAGAGCUGUGCCCACUCAAGACGACCUGCACAGGGGGCACAUAGAGAAGGGCAUAGCCUGGCUUCGUGUAGAAUUGCUGGAGAUGAAGUUCCAGAACCAGAAACUUGCCAAAACUCUGCUGGAUUUAAACAUGGAAAUUCAGAGGCUGAGAAAUGAAACUGAUAUGUCAGCAGCUCUAGAAUCAAAAUCUCUAAGCACUAUGGGAAGCCCAGAGUAA